CUCAAGCACUCCUCCUCGUCUUUGCAACUAUUACAAUUCAGAGAGAGAGAGAGAGAGAGAGAGAAUGGCCAUAUCAAGCAGUUGCUGCCUCAAUCUCUCCCCUCCCCCUCCUACCUCUAGCCCAUCUUCCCUCACUGCAAAGACAACCCAGGUUGCAUGGCCAAAGAAGGAAAGAUCAUGGAGAAGCCAAUGCGUAUUGGGGUUGACAUGUAUCAUAAUUGGGCUUGAAAUUGACAAUUUAACAAUGGGCAAUGAAAGCAUGGCCAUUGAUGAUCAGAAUAUGAAGCCAGUACUAGUUGUUGAACCAAACCAGAAGGGUAAUAGAUGGAGCGACAAGAGAAGGUGUCCACCGUGGCGAGAGAAUGCAUUGGAGACCGUCGUGCCGGAGAACCUUCCGAGGCCGUCGGCUCACCGGAGAUGGGAGGCUGUUGGUUACACAACUGUUGCUCCGGCGGUGAAAGUUGCUGUAGUUAGAACUAGCAAUGGUGGCUGUUUCACUAUGUAAAAAAGUUCAGUGAAUGUUUUAGAUGCAAAGUUGUGAUAUUACGCAUAGAUAAACCAAAUCUUUCAAACAAAAUUAAUAUUAUACCAAUAGAAUUUUUAUACAUAA